AUGUCCUCUGUUAAAAAAUUCAGUCAUCCUAUGCUCAGCCGAACCGUAGCUGACAUAUUCGAACAGCUGGAACAUAAAAUAACUCCUGGCUCAACCUAUGGCCAACUGUUCUACUCAACCUCCUUGGCUUUUACAGAUCCCAACACGACCCAAGAAAAGAACAUAUUGGUUAAGUUGUGUGGUUAUGGCUCAGCCAUAACUGCGCUCAUCGAGAGUCAUGUCUACUUAGUCUCUGGCAGGCUCAUCCCGCUGAAUACUAAGUCUACUCCUGUCUUCCACUAUGAUUCCAACACAAUCAUUGACCUCGGUGAAUCUGCAAAAUUCACUCAGUCGUUGUGUGACAAAGCCACUGUCAUCGGCUUAGGUAUUGUUGUUUCCAAAAAGGAAAUCAAUGGUCAAGAGUCCAGUUCUGGGUCCACUACCCCAAUUCUUCAAGUUGUGUUACAACACACCGACUACGAUCCCUUGGCCAAAGCCCAAGUCCAGUUCCAAACAAUUUAUAAUAUCGGAAGUCGGAAGAAUUUGGCCAACACCUUUGGCCUUUUCCAACUUGGCCGAGAAAUCAUGAUUUCCGGCAACAUUGUUGGUUACGCGGAGGAAAAUUUCAUGUGGAUUGUUAGCGCCAUCUCUGUCUCAGUCACAUCCGGUCAUCAGUCAAGCCUUAGUCAACCAUCUCAACAGAGCAACAAAGCUCAACCAUACACUAGGCGCCCUGGCUUAAUCUCGAUCGAGGACUCAUCUACCGCCAAACUAUCACCCGCUUUUGUGGAACCUACUGCUAAACUUGGCUCUGUAGUCAACCUUGGGUUAAACCCCGAGCCCUCGGCCCUGGACCCAACCCCAGUAACUGAAACUGCGUCUGAUAACUACUAUCAAACAGUUGCUUCAACCUCGGGUAAGAAAAGGACUAAGAAGGCUAUCUUAGCUGACGCCAAAAAAGCUCUUAAGCAAUGA